CAUUACUGUAUCACUUCCUGUCUUCUAGCGCCUAUCAAACUCUUCGCGAGAGAAACCUUCCCCACCCAAAUGCUUUGCCUUGCCGCUUCUUCCUCAAAUCCCGCUGACAACCAUGCCGCUCCCCUACCAGCCGUAUGCCACUACUGUGCUUGCCCCUUAUCCCUCCAUCACUUCUCUGCACCACCCCAUCGCUGCCCAAGGCCUCUACACGCAACCGAUUCAUAUUCCUGUUGCAGUUGCCACCAUGGCUUAUGUUGUCCUUUCCGAACUUGCUUGGACUGACGAAGCUCCCGUUUUGAAAUUGCGCCUGCUGCAUACAUGGUUGGCUGGAAACCCCUGCCGCCCCGACGGGUUCUACGAACACUCGACAUUGUGGACUGAUGAACUGGGGGUGCUGGGGUCUCGCGCCGAGGCAGCUCUCGGCACAAUUGGGCGAAGCUCUUGCUGUUGGAACGGUUUACUACGUGGCGAAGUUUUCCCAGCGCGAAGCAAAGAGGCGGUGGGUAUCCUGCUCCAACGACCGUCUACUCGGUUUCACGGCAAACACUACGUUCACCCCUUCCUCCGAGGAUGAGUCUGCCUUUUGUCGUGAUUUCAGUCUUUUUCCAUGCAGUUUCUUCUGCAGAAUUGCACGCUCGGAUUGUGCAAUGCUAUUGUCCAAUGCUUUGUUCCCAACUUCUGUUGAACAAUGGCUCUUUUGUCAUACAAUUAUUAUUUAGUAGUUGUUAGUUGUGUAAUGGAUAAUUUCCUUUAAGUACUAUGACUAUUCGAAUUUUCUUCCAGAUUUACCUUCCAUUGUGAUCUGCUUCCCUGGCCAGUACAACAAAUUGAAUCACAUGGU